UCGUGCUCAGAGGCGGGAGGACCGGGCUGACUGACGCGGCGACGGGCCAGUGUGAGCAGCGAGUGGGACGUGAGUGGCGUGCGUGGCGCGAUGGCCUGGAAAGGACUGGACCUGUGAGGUGUGCGAGCGGGUGUGAGAGACUUCCGCGGACAUGGCUCCCAGCGUGCCAGCGGCGGAACCCGAGUAUCCUAAAGGCAUCCGGGCCGUGCUGCUGGGACCUCCCGGGGCCGGUAAAGGCACCCAGGCACCCAAAUUGGCUGAAAACUUCUGUGUCUGCCAUUUGGCUACUGGGGACAUGCUGAGGGCCAUGGUGGCUUCUGGCUCAGAGCUGGGAAAAAAGCUGAAGGCAACUAUGGAUGCUGGGAAACUGGUGAGUGAUGAAAUGGUAGUGGAGCUCAUUGAGAAGAAUUUGGAGACCCCCUCAUGCAAAAAUGGUUUUCUUCUGGAUGGCUUCCCUCGGACUGUGAGGCAGGCAGAAAUGCUUGAUGACCUCAUGGAGAAGAGGAAAGAAAAGCUUGAUUCUGUGAUUGAAUUCAGCAUCCCAGACUCUCUGCUGAUCCGAAGAAUCACAGGAAGGCUGAUUCACCCCAAGAGUGGCCGUUCUUACCAUGAGGAGUUCAACCCCCCAAAGGAGCCCAUGAAAGAUGACAUCACCGGGGAACCCUUGAUUCGUCGAUCAGAUGAUAAUGAGAAGGCCUUGAAAAUCCGCCUGCAAGCCUACCACACUCAAACCACCCCACUCAUAGAGUACUAUAGGAAACGGGGGAUCCACUCUGCCAUCGAUGCAUCCCAGACUCCUGAUGUUGUGUUCGCGUGCAUCCUAGCAGCCUUCUCCAAAGCCUCAUGCUGAGCGUCUGAGAGCAGCCAAAUCUACUUCCCCAAAGAGAGACCAGGCCUAGUAUCAGAAGGCCAGGCGAGACUGCACCACUGCUCAUCACCCUGCGGCAUGAUCCCUGCUCUUAGGUGCUGGGCAGAAGGGAAGGGGGGUCAGGGUGAGGAUGGUGAGGGAGGGCUGGUGAGGGGCUCAAAAGGAAUACUUGGAAGAACAGCAGUGUUACUGUAGUGAGGCAGUUUCUUUUAUACAUAAGUAGGAGUUUUUAAAGUGUAAGGGAAAAAUUAAUUUUUUAAAAAACACCAUGCUUGGAGGGUGGGGGUAGAAAUACAGAGCUACAGUAUUAUUUCUAAGGAAUCGGGUUCUCAAUUACUCUGGACUGGUGACAAUAUUUUUUAAAGCCAGCGCUCUAAGACCUCAGCUUUUAUCUCAGAACCCCAUGGGUUCCAGACCAAGAGUACAGGAAAUCAAAUUAUUGUCCGGUCUGUCCUAUAGCUUGGAACAGGGAGGCUUUGACUACUGACCCUGGUUUCACACACUGUAAGAUCAAAAAAUCAUCUCCACAUUUGAAAGAGAUAUAAGAUGUCUUCAUAGUGAUGGGGGAUCAACAAAUCAAGCUUACUGGAAUCAAGGGGAGGGGGAAGAGAAUGGAAUGGAAAGGGAGGCUGACUCCCUUCCCCUGACCUACCAAUGAUUCACCAGGCCACCUACUCUCAUGAGUAACCUCUCCCAGCUACCCAAUAAAUGCCACAAUCCUAUGCUCUUGCCUUUUAUCUGCAGUGUGUGAAGGGACCCUUUUAAAUAAAUAAGCAAAUGUCCCAAGCUGUAUCAUCCAAAGAUUGUCCUUUCCAUUCUCUAAUCCUGUGACUGGGAUCACUCAACAGCACUGUGAUAUAUUAUUUUCAAUGAGGUGCCUUUCUUAACUGACCAAAUGCUGCCUUAUUUGGCCCUAAGUCAAUAAAAUAUGUUAAAAUUUGUA